AAUUUGAGAAUGUCUUAUCCCAGUGGAAAAGACAUGGCAAAUUGGAUGGGAGGGUUGCCAGAGUCUUUACAUUCCUCAUCCUUAAAUAGCAUUGCCAUCCCCGGAACACAUGAUUCUUUUAGCUGGGGUCUUGAUGUUACAGGAGAUAUUGGCCCAGAUAACCUACCUUUUGUCAAGACCCUGGUGCAGUUAUUUCCUGGGACUGCCAAGGCCAUCAUAGCCAAGUGGAGUAAAACACAGAGCCUUAACACAGUGGAACAGCUCAAGGCUGGGAUAAGAUAUUUUGAUAUAAGAGUCACUUUAAAAAAAGACACACAAGAACUUCAUGCAGUUCAUGGUCUGUACGGGAGAAAAAUGGAGAUGGAACUACAAGACAUCUCACAGUUUCUGGACAACCACUCUAAAGAAAUUGUCCUACUAGACUUCAAUCACUUUUAUAGCAUGGAUGAGGAGAACCACAUACAGUGUAUAUCUCUCAUACAGCACAUCUUUGGUCCUAAACUCUGUCCACUUCUGGACACGGACAGCGUGACACUGGACAUGUUGUGGGAGAAUGGACUUCAGGUGCUGGUGUUUUAUCAUCAUGACAUAGUCACAAACCAUCUAAACCUGUGGCCAGGAUGCACCAUACCGUCUCCAUGGCCAGACACAAUGGAUAUCAACAAGUUUAUCACCUUCUUAGAGCAGAACUACCGGCAUGGACGCUCCCCGUGUGCUUUUUACGUCACGCAGGGCAUCCUAACACCUGAUAGCUCCACAGUGGUCACCAAUCUGUGUGGGGAUUUGAGAAAUGCUGUGGCCAAGAGAGUGUGUGGACCUCUCCAUCAGUGGCUGUGCACCAAGCGGUGUGGGCUGACCACCGUCAAUGUUGUCAUUUCUGAUUUUGUUGAGAUGGAUAAUUUCAUAGGCACUGUGGUUGACAUGAAUUAUAAGUGAUAAAUAUACAGGUGCCUAUGUCAUCAUUCCUCCACAUUUGUCUUGUUAUUAUAAUACAGCAUUUCCAACAGUAAUCAAGAAUUGCAUUUACUUGUCUUAUUGACAAAUAUUUGUUAUGCAGGGUAUUCCCAAAUUUUAGUCAUAUAGGUAAUAACACUUUUUAAUUAUAAUGUUUUUUUUUUUUUUUCAAUUUCUCAAAUUUCCAAAGUUGUGGGACAACAGGCCUGUAUUGUUAUAAUAUCCAUUCUACAUUGCUGUUAAAGCAAGGAACAAUGUUUCUGAGUAAGUUCCAGCUAAUUUGCAUCAUGUCAUACUGGACAAUAUGUUGUGUCUAUAAGUAUACCAGUACAUUAGUAAAUAUCUAUAUGAUAUAUAAAUUGAAUGAUCUAAGCAGAUACUUAUGUGAUUAUAUAUUACUGUGAUAUACAGUAUUGAACACUUACUUCACUGGUCAGGGCCACAAUUUUUAAACAAGUAUUUACCCCUGUAGCAUCAGUUGUGCAUGUACAAUAUAAGAUAUUUUAAAAUUGGUACUCUAGUGGUGUGGGAUAUCUUGGUAUACAUAAUCACCACCAUUUUAUGACUGGUACUGAUACAUGUAGCUAGGUGAAUUGAAACUUAAUGUUCCAUGCACUAAACGGAAGAGGCAUUCUCCAAGUAAGCAGUACCUAUUGCCCUAGUUGGGAGCACUGUGGCAGAAGCAGCAUUAGGACUUAAAAUGUGUGCCUUUUUGAUUUUCUGCUACUCUGAUUGAUUGUAGACAGCCCUGGUAUUUUAUUUUAUUUUAUUUUAUUUUAUUUUAUUUUAUUUUAUUUUAUUUUAUUUUAUUUUAUUUUUGUGGGGGGAGGGGUUUAGAAAAAGCAAAGGCAGUCCACCAUAGCUUUUCCUAUACAGUUGAUGCUAAAUCUGUUAAUUGGGACAAAUUUCAAAAUUAUUAUAAUAAUCAUGACAUUCUGUGAACAUUCAAGGCAAUCUUUUACUGUUUCAAACCUAGGACAGACAAUAUGUUUUUUUUCUGUCCUUAGGCUAGUCCAAAUGCACAUUUUUCUUAUAAGUAUAAUACAGAAAUAUGUAUCCUUCCUUCAUAUUAUAUAACAAUUAAUGUAAUAUAGGGUAUAAACCUAAAACCUGUUGGGAUGGUGUUUUGUUCACUCUCUGUCUUUAAUAUUGUGCCCUGUGACUUAAGGGUGUGAAUAUUAUAAGGGAUCAUAGAACUUUUCACAUUGUGUGGUACACUUUUGUAUUUUUAUGUCAUUUUGAGAGACUGACAACACCUGCCUUAACGUAAUUAAGUGGAUCAUCUAGUAAAUACUCCCCUCCACAUGGCCAGUUAACCAGAUUAAUUUUGAUUGGUCCAAACAGUCUGUACCAUCACAUGUAAAAAGGGCAUAACCAUUGAUGUCAUCACCGUUGUGUUUUUACAUGUAUGUCUCAAGUUAAAAAUGGCUAUGGUUUAAUCCUAGGCCUUGUUUUUCACGAGAGCUAUAGACCUAUAGCUCUAAGGCAGGCCUAUGAAACUUUCAGACGAAGUUCUUAGUGUUUGAAAAUAUUUUCAUAUUAACUGUUUCUUAUUACCCAUUAAGUUGGCAAGUGUACCAAAUUGAUUGGACUUUUUCCCCAAAAAAAAUUAAGUUUUUAAAGAAGUUAAGCUGCAUUUCCUUUAAAAUAUUUUUCAGAGGAUGUUCA